AUGGUGGAUGAUGUAGACAAGGAACCCGGGCGAGAAUCCGUCUCACAUCAGUCAUUGACCAGCCAUGUCGGAGACUUCCAGGCCAUUGACCCGCAUAGCGGUGUCAAGCGAGGCCUCAAGACUCGUCAUCUCAGCAUGAUGGCCCUGGCCGGCAUCAUAGGGCCAGGCCUGUUGAUUGGGUCCGGAGGUGCUCUUGCCAAUGGUGGGCCAGCGGCGCUCCUCAUCGGAUUUGGUGUUAUCGGCAUCAUUGCAUUCAGCAUCAUGCAAUCGCUGGGGGAGUUGACCACCCUGUAUCCCAGCGGCGGAGCCUUUACCAGCCUGGCAGACCGAUUCGUCGACCCGGCCUUUGGAUGCGCGGUGGGCUGGAACUACUUUAUCAUUUGGGUGGCCGUCCUUGCCAACGAGUACAAUGUGCUGUCUUCCAUCUUCGUCUUCUGGAGCGACAAAGUGCCUCUAUGGGGAUAUUUCCUGAUAUUCUGGUUCGCCUUCCUGGGCUUCCAACUGCUGGGUGUCACAACCUUCGGCGAGGCAGAGUUCUGGCUGGCUCUGGCGAAGCUCCUCGGUCUGACAGCCUACUUCAUCUUCAGCAUUGUCUAUGCUUCAGGCGGCCUCGUAGGCCAACACGGAGCAUUGGGCUUCAGAUACUGGCAUAACCCUGGGGCGUUCUCUCAUGGCUUCCGCGGUGUCGCCUCCGUCUUUGUAUUCUGCUCAACCUUCUAUGCCGGCUGCGAAUCCAUCGCCGUGGCAGCCACGGAGACGCGAAACCCCAAGACGGCAGUCCCACGUGCCAUCCGACAAGUCUUCUGGCGCAUCAUUUUCGUCUACAUGGGCUCGGCGUUCUUCUUUGGCCUGACUUGUCCUGCCAAUGCAGACUCGUUGGUCAACGGAAGUUCGAGGGUGCUGAAAUCGCCAAUGACAAUUGCAAUCCAGAAUGCUGGGUGGGAAGGAGGUGUCCACCUGAUCAACGCCUUCAUUUUGGUCACUUGUCUCUCUGCGGUCAACAGCUCCAUCUAUAUCGGCUCCCGGACUGUGCUGUUCAUGGCCCAGGAAAGGAAGGCUCCGAAGUUCCUGGGCUAUACCGACCCUCGCGGAGUGCCUGUCCUGGCAGUCGUCUUCACCAAUCUGUUUGGAGCGCUGGCAAUGAUGAACGUCUCGACGGGCGCUGGCAAAGCUUACAGCUAUAUUGUCAACCUGUCUGGCGUGAGCACCUUCAUCGUGUGGGGCGCUAUAUCGUUUGUUCAUAUCCGAUUCCGCCAGGGUUGGGCGAAGCAAGGUCGACACGAGCGUGAGCUGCCUUUCAAAUCCCUCUGGUAUCCCUGGAACGCCUAUUUUGGACUGGCUGCAAACUUGUUCCUCGCUCUGGUCCAGGGCUGGACGACACUGAGUCCCUUCAAUGCGGGGAACUUUGUCGACGCCUAUAUCCUGCUGCCGCUGUUCCCGGUCAUCUACUUUGGAUACAAAUGGAUUUUCCACACCAGGUAUUGGCCACUACAUGAAAUCGACUUGGAUGUGGGAAGGAGGAAAGAUCUUGACACAGUAGAGACCGAGGAGGAGGAUGCUAUCCUGAAUGAAUAUGGGCAUGCCCCAAAGAAGUCAUUCUGGAAACGAAUUGCUGAGAACUUCUAA